AUGCCUGGUUCACAGCAGCAGCCCUCCCGUGAGGGUGUCUUUGCGCUCGUCAUGGCCAGCGCCGCCCCCAAUAGUGGAAAUUCUGUAAUUGAAACUGUAGCUCUUCAAACGCCUUCGUCGUUCUUCCCACUUCUUGACGCGUUGACUGACCCGGACACCCUAGUCAACUUCCCUUCUUUAUCUCGAGAGGCCCUAUACCAAGCCUCUAUCGAAGUAGCGUCAGAAAAUGGGCUCAUUACCGACGCUGGUGCUUUCGCGGCGGUUGAGAUGAAUUUGGCUCUUCACGCCGCCACCCCGAAGAUUGAGGCAUUCUACCACCACUAUUCGAACAUGCAAAGCAAGGGGACAUUGAAACCGUCAGGCGGAGAGGCCAAGGAGCCGCAGUCUUGCGGCUCAUGGGUGGAUUGGUACGGGCAGGUUGUUUGUGAUGUGGAAACCUUGACCCACCUAGCUGGGGUAGAAACGAUUGACCCGUCGAUACUGACAUCUGACUAUACUCGCCCCAAAGUUCUUCCUUUCGACCACAUAAACCCGUCACCGCAACAAACCCUCGAUAGACCGCACCGCACCGCCGUACUAUACGCUUCCCUCGAAUCACCCAACUUUCGCGAACUACACUCAUAUCUGUUCUCGUUGUCCAACCGAGGCGACCCACAUGUGGAGUAUAUUUUAAGAUAUGUGCCUCCCGCAGGAAGGGAGGUUGCCCAGCGCAACUAUUUGUCUGGCUAUGGCGUUGCUUUAGAUUUAAAGAAGACGGAUUACUUGGUUGUUGACGAUAGACAGGCUUCUCAGAGCCGGGAUGGCUCACAAGGCGAGCAGAGGGAUGGAGAAGACGCAGUAGACCUCGUCAUGAACCUUCUUGAGACAUUCGAGGAUAAAAAGGGAGACGCACCGAACGUCGCUUCCGCCCUAUCCGAGGAAGAGAUAGCAGAAUUGGGCUUUCAAGCGACACAACUCAUCGCGACGUCUGACGACCCUCUCGGUGCCCUUACCCAAUUGUCUCAAAACUUCCCUAAAUACGCUCCUUCCCUCUCCCGUCGCGUCGUUGUGAACGAUUCCGUGCGGCGAGAACUUGGUAAUAAUCAAGUUCAGGUACAGGGAGGCAUCAACAUGAUGUGGUUGAACGGAGCGACCGUGCAAGACAAGGAUGUCACCCCAUUUGCUUUACUGCGCCUUCUUCAAAGGGAACGUCAGAUAGUAGAUUCGCUAACGUCUCUCGGACUUUCAAACGGUCAAGCUGUUGAGUUGCUGACGCACCCAACCAUCGCUGAGGCCCAAAGCUCCUCGGCCGCUCUAGACGGGAUGUUCGACGCUAGUGAUAGGAUAGAAGGCGGGGACGUUAUUGUGUAUUGGAACGACAUAGAGAAAGACAAGCGGUGCGCUUUACCAGUAUGCGAGGUGGACGACUUCCUUGUUGAGGAUGAUGCAUCCAACGUACCCCGUGGGAUGUUCCACAACAUCAAACUAAACAUCUACAACGUCGUCCUCGUCGUCGACUUGUCCCAACCAACAGCUCUCAACUUCAUUACCGGCCCAGUGUCCAACAUCAUCGAACGGAACUUCCCAUUCAGAUUUGGGAUUGUACCGAUAUUAGAGACCGAGAAUGGCACGAAGAUGGCAAAGGUAUUCAAGUACCUAGUCAAGACGGUCGGGCGUAAAGCGACCAUGGAGUUCUUCAGAGCCCUGACACAAUCACCCACUUUCGAUAUCGCCCACGUCUCUGUUGUAUAUGAAGCUUUCCGGGCGUCUCUUGACUCCGAGGAUAUCUCGCUCAAGCCGCUCGCAGAGAUAUUGUCGCCUGAAGCGGAGUCAGACGAAUCGUUGAUGAAGGCGAAGCAUUACGCUCAGCGCCUGGGGACGACUUUGGCUUCGUCGGAAGGCGGCCACGCAUUCAUCAACGGGAAACAUUUCAAUCUUGAUGACGGUUUCUUGAGACAUCUCCAAACGGAGAGUGGACUACAAACUACUUAUCUGCAGGAGAGGCUUUAUACGGGCGAACUGAAAGAAGAGGCUGCCGAAACCAUCUCGACGUAUUUCUAUGAUCUUCCGUCAACGAAUGAGCGACGGAACAGGCAUAUCUACCCUUCCUCCGAUGCCAACAGUCUACGCAUCUACAGCCUUCCUGAAGUGCUUGCAGAUACUGGCUAUCAUCCGACUUUUAUAGCACCAGAGGACACUGAGGAUGUUCCGAUGUCUACAUAUGUUAUCGCUGAUUUUGACAGCAGCUCUGGCGUCCAGCUUGCAAUUGAAGCACUUAAAUCAAUGACUGGAGGGUCCCAAACGCGCCUUACCUUUGUUCACAACCCAGCUUCGGUUCCCAGCUCUGACAGAUCAUCUGUGUCAUGGCUCCUCUCUCACUUGGUAGCUUCGGACCGUUUAUCGAAAGUAACACCGGCCCAGCUUCUUCGCGCUCUGAACAACGAUGUGACUAUCUUCGGGGACGCCGCACAAGCACCUUUGUCUCAGGUCAAAGAGCUUGUUGGUGUCGACGCGGCCGAGUUCGAUGUAACUGCCUAUGCGGCUUACGUCAGAGCUGGUCAACUUAUUUCGAGGAAGGUCAAUCUCCAGCCUGGCCAACAGGGCCUCGUCGUGAACGGCCGGGUUGUCGGCCCUCUUCCAGGCGGCGAGUUCUUGGCGCCGGACUUCCUUGCAUUAAUGAAGUAUGAGCACAAGAAGAGAUUUGGAGUUGUUGCGGCUGUCCUACGGGAGGUUCUUUCCCUUGCCCCUGAACCUGAAAGUACUUCGUUUUCGAACAUUGCUACGAUGGUAACAUCAGUCAUAUCAUCAAUCCAACUUCCGGACCCCAGUGAGAGUGGUUUGUUCGAUACACCGCAUCGCCCCCGACGAAGAGCCUAUCAAGCUUUGGAAAGUAAUCUAACUGCAUUCUCAUUCGGUGAUAAUACCACUGCGAUGUAUCAAUUGGCUGUGCUUGUGGACCCUUUGAGCGAGACUGGCCAGAAAUGGGCAAGCAUACUGAAUUGGAUUAGCAAGGUUCCCGGAAUUUUCAUCGAAGUCUACUUGAAUCCUGCUCGAUAUCGAGAGAUGCCUUUGAAGCGGUUCUAUCGCUAUAACCUCAUCUCUUCUUUGACAUUCGACACGGACGGUAAUGAAAUACCAUCACGGGUUGUCUUCGAAGGGUUGCCAAUCGAGCCGAUCUACACCCUGGCCAUGGACGUUCCCUCUUCUUGGCUCGUCAGACCUCAGGAGGCAUUAUACGACCUUGACAAUAUUCAACUCGGGCGACUUUCCUCAGAAGACACUACCAUUGAUGCCGUCUUUGGAUUGGACUACCUUGUGAUAGAAGGUCAUGCCCGAGACUCUGUGUCCAACGCCCCACCUCGCGGCGUUCAGCUCGAACUUAUCGACGGUGAUGAUAACGCAAUCGACGACACACUUGUCGUAGCCAACCUUGGUUAUGUUCAGUUCAAAGCCAAACCCGGUGUGUUCCAAUUACAAAUCAGGAAGGACGUGGACGAGACAUAUUCCAAAUGGAGAGUGUGGGCAAUGAGGGAUGGGACAGUCCAACGAAAGGAGGGCAUGGAGGACGUUGAUGUGCUGGCAGAUACCGAUGAAGAAGAUGCGCCUGGAAUGUUUGGCGGGUUGGCCUCAAAGGUCAUGUCUAUGUUUUCUCCAAAAGAAGAGGGCAAGGACGUCGCUACCACCAUACCACAAGCCGACAUAAAUAUCUUCACCGUCGCAUCCGGGCUCUUGUACGAAAGAUUUGCAUCUAUCAUGAUUCUCAGCGUCCUGCGCAACACCAAGAGCACCGUCAAAUUCUGGUUUAUCGAGAACUUCCUUUCACCGUCUUUCCUGGAAUUUAUCCCCCACUUCGCCGAAGAAUACGGGUUCCAGUAUGAACUUGUAACAUACAAAUGGCCAUCCUGGCUGCGACAACAGAAGGAGAAGCAGCGAGUCAUCUGGGCGUACAAGAUCCUGUUCUUGGAUGUCCUCUUCCCUAUGGACCUCAAGAAAGUUCUUUUCGUGGACGCUGACCAGAUUGUUCGAGCUGACCUAAAGGAGCUUGUUGACCUUGACAUCCAAGGCGCUCCAUAUGCCUACACUCCUAUGGGCGACGACAACUACGACAUGGAGGGCUUCCGAUUCUGGAAGACGGGCUACUGGAAAGAGUUCCUUCAAGGCAGACCUUAUCAUAUCAGUGCCUUGUACGUAGUCGAUCUCGUGAGGUUCCGCCAAAUCGCUGCUGGGGAUAUGCUUCGUGGCCAAUACCAACAGCUCUCAGCAGACCCCAACUCGCUUGCUAACCUAGAUCAAGACUUGCCGAAUAACCUACAACGAGAGGUUCCUAUAUUCUCGUUACACGAAGACUGGCUUUGGUGUGAAACUUGGUGCAGCAAAGAUCGGUUACAUAAAGCCAAAACCAUCGACCUUUGCCAGAACCCUCUCACUAAAGAGCCCAAAUUAUCUCGUGCCCGGCAAAUCCCCGAGUGGGAGGAAUACGACGCGGAGAUCUCACGCUUCGCACAAAAGCUGGCUAAGGAAGGCUCAUUACACUCUCGGAUUGCAGCAGCGGAUACCCGUGUGUUGGCUGAUGCCGGAACAGCGAGCUCAGGAAAGUCAGAUGAAACCUCAGCGGAAGCUGGGGGUGGGGAUCCCGCAUCUAACGAAGCAGCGAGGGAGAAAGAGGAGUCUCCAAAGGAUAUUAGAGACGAGUUGUAG